AUGGGCACCACCACACUCAACACUCUCCCCUUGGAGACCCUCAGUUUAAUAUGUGAUUAUGUCGCAGCUGGAUACAAACCUAGCAUUUACGCAUUCUCACAAACAAACAAACACUGCCAAACAGCAUCAAACAAGGCGCGCUUCCGGGAAAUCCGCUUAAGAGUCAAAACGCGUCAAGGCCUCGAGGACGACGUGAAAACAUGGCACAAAAUUCUAGCAAGGAACUCUGCAUUUGGUUCUGUGCGACAUCUCAGUGUUGAAGGUCGAAUUGCCCCGUUUUGGGAGAAUGCGAAGACAUCCGCCCCUGCCGCUCUGCUGGAGAAUUCAUACGCAGAACAGGACUCUGAAGACGAAUUUACGAACCCGGGAGAACGAUAUGACCAUAUUCUCCGAGGCCCUUUUUAUCACCUGGGUGUACAGGAGGAUCAGAAUGAGGGUGUCUGGAUGCCGCUGACUAGGUUAUUGGCCAAGUUGACCGGUCUCAAGGACCUGGCUUAUGCGUGUGAGCGACGUCUGCCAGAGUGUCUUUUGCAGGCCCUUCAUCUCCACAUCCCCCGAUGUCGACUUCAUAUCAAAGCUCUCGAUCCGCCAUUUUUAACGGAGGAAGAACAGGAAGAGCAAGAGGAUGAAUAUGACGUGGAGGACGAAGACGAGGACGAAGAUGACUACGUCGAUGAAUACGACUACUCUCUCGUGACAUCCUCUAGCCUGUCUACCGCUGUUAUACCCGUUGCACACGAUGACGACUACCGGAACCACAACGAGGAGGCAGCACGGUUGAUGGCUCGAGGCCUCACGCCGAGCUUGCAGUAUCUGUAUGUAAUUGACAGCGGUCCCGGGUUCAAGUACCGGCCGAUGACUCGAGGUCUGACAAAAGAAGGCUUAUUGUCCCGAAAGCUUCUGCUUCAAGACAUCCGAGAAAAGGACUUGGGUGGUUAUGGACAGCUUGAGGGUCUAAGCUUGGAUCCCGCCAAUUUGACCCGCUUCGAAAUGUGGGAAAAGACGGUCAAUUUCUCACGUCUUCGCAGCCUACAGCUUUGGAGGGUCCGCAAAGACAUGCUUCGCAAAGCCGCAACCUGCGAGUUUACUUCAUUGAAAACGCUGUCACUGGGCAUAUUCAAUUUUAGAAACGAAUAUGACGUUUCUCCCUUGGAUCGAGCCGCUGGCGCCUUCAUUUCUAGCCUUCGGCCGCUUGAGGCUAUCCAUAUGUCCGGUCCUUUCUUAAAAAGGUCUUUCAAAGCCAUCCUCGAUCACGGCAAAUCACUACGGAUGCUUUCUCUGUAUCCAUCAGAGGACCGGCUAGUCGCGCGGUUUGUCAUUACGCCUACACAAAUCAAAGAAAUAAGGCAGCACUGCGAAAAUCUUUAUGAUCUGAGACUCCAGAUACAACGAAGCACUGGUGACCGCGAGGAACAAGCGAUAUAUAAGGCGCUUGGAGAGCUACCGCAACUCCGGCAAUUAUCGCUCCAACUGGAUGUGUAUAAUGCAAUGAAAUUCGCAAAUCGAGCAUACCCUUGGCAAGUGGAAAGCCGCUAUUACCGGGGCAUCUUUAUCAACAUGGCGGUCGAUGGCGAGCUAGCUCGGGGAAUAUUCUCUUUGAUUGCCAAGGGGUCUCACAUAGAAAGCUUAAGGCUUAAUAUGGGGAUGAAUGUUCCAGAGAGCUUUUUGGAUAUUUCUGAAGUUAUGAAACGGCAGUGGAAGUGCUCUAGAGUUUCUACCAUGUGUCCUGAAGAAGACAGAGUCAUUGUGCAGGAGCUGGGAGCAAGGAGUCGAAAGCGAAGAAUGCUGGCCAACAAGUCCACUGAGUUACGCGAAUACGAGGAGGUGUUUCGAGAGCUUUGGCCUUCAAAUACAGGAAACUGGAUGGACGACUGGUAUAGCUUUCCGCUAGCACGUUGA